GGUAAACCCGAGAGUUGAAAGAAAGAGAAGAGACGAGAAGAGACACAGACACAGACUCUCACGUUGUUCCUGCUGCUGUUACUGCUCUCGAUUUCCCCAAAACCCAACUCCCUAAUCAUUCGAAUCCCCUCAGCCGGAAAACCACCCUCCACCAGUCCUCACUCCGAUCCCUUCCAACAUGAGCACCGGCGAGCUUCUCAACAUCGAACCCCAAGAGCUCCAAUUCGCAUUUGAACUGAAGAAGCAGAUCUCGUGCUCUCUGCAACUCUCCAACAAGACCGAUGAGUAUGUGGCUUUUAAGGUAAAGACAACAAACCCCAAAAAGUAUUGUGUUAGACCCAACACUGGGGUUGUGUUGCCGAGGUCCACAUGUGAUGUUAUAGUGACUAUGCAAGCGCAAAAGGAGAUGCCGUCGGAUAUGCAAUGCAAGGACAAGUUCCUUCUUCAGAGUGUAGUUGCUAGCGCCGGGGCUACCACCAAGGAUAUCACUCCAGAGAUGUUCAAUAAGGAGUCGGGGCAUAAUGUUGAAGAGUGUAAGUUGAAGGUUAACUAUGUUGACCCUCCUAGGCCCCCAUCUCCGGUUCGGGAAGGUUCAGAGGAAGGUUCAUCGCCUAGGGCUUCGGUGGACAAUGGGAAUUCAAAUGAUACUGAGUUCAAAGCUGCUUCAAGAGCUUUUGGCGAGAGACAUGAGCCUCAAGAUAACUCCGAGGCUAAGAGUCUUAUUGCAAGGCUGACUGAUGAGAAAAAUUCUGCUAUUCAGCAAAAUAAUAGGCUUCAGCAAGAACUGGAUCUUUUGAGGAGAGAGGCUAACGCAAGCCGCGGCGGUAUUGCAUUUAUUUAUGUUGUUAUAGUGGGUUUGAUUGGCAUUAUUUUGGGGUACCUUCUGAAGAAGACAUGACCAGCAGAGACUCUUCCUAUUCCUGUGGCACUCCAUUGCUAGACAGAGAGAU